CAACCAUGGCCUCCCUCCUUCGCCUCGGCCUCACUACCGCGCGUCCCGCCGCCGCCUGCGUCGCCCGACGUUCGCUGGCGACCACUCCUAUCGCCCGCGAGGCCGCCCCCACCCCGAACCUCGGAACCGUACCUCCUCCCAAGAAACCCAUCGGUGCUUUCCGUGGCGGUGUUGUGGGUUUCCUCUUUGGCUUCUCGCUUGCGUCGUCACUGGCUGCAUACCACCUGCUAGAGGAGUAUAAGCUCGCGUCUGCUGCGCUGCAGGCCAGCGUCGAGGAACUGCAGAUUAGCACCGAAAAGGUCUCCGCGCACGUCAGGCGAAUAGAGGCUGUUGAGAAGGACCUGAAGGCGCUCAGCGAGACCGCGGCCUCGAAGGAGGACGUCUCGCGGGUACGAGCUGAGAUGAAGAGACUUUAUGACGGGCUACACAUUGAAUUCCUCGACCUCAGGUCGCAUGUCUGGGGAGUCCAACAAGACGUGCACUCGCUUUCAAAGAAGCAGUCAAGUUCUGUCAAGCUGGUUUAGAUUGAUACCUGACUCGAUAUUGCUCAUAUGUCGGUCUCGAUGUCCCUGCGUCCAUAAUAUUCUAGGAGAAACGGCUAACGAUUGACGUCUCACGGAACAGCUCCACUGCCGUAUCGUUCUGUUGCAGAUGCUAAGAGACGGUAAUACGCGGGCCACGUCAUUGUAUGGUAGAAGUCCAUUCAAGCGAGCAGGAUGCGC